AUGGAAGGUCGGAUUGCCUUGUCAAACAAGGCUCUUGCGACAGUCGGACUGGUGGCUGCCUACGUUUUUGUCGCAGUUCUGUGCGGGUUACCGAGGGUUAAUGCCGCGGAAACAUCAAACGUUACUUGCACUCGAAAAAGUCAGAUGACCACUUGUGUCUGCUCAACAGCGUCAGGCGUUGACGAAGAAGCCAGCGAUUCGACAGACACCGCAACCCUGUCAGAGUUGAGCAAUGGAAUCGCUAUCCAGUGCCCCAAAGCCACUUUUGACUUUGUGCCCGCUGCUGAAACGGACGUAUGCGUUGCGGCCACCACUGCGGAGACCCUGAAGUCGUGUAAAACGAACUCGAAAAUUCCCAUUAAACAGUUCCUUAAUCUGAAAACCGACGACAACAUCCCCAAAUGGACGGAAACGACGGUACAGUCUAAUGAGCAGCACUCCAUAGUAUUUCCCGAACAUAUUUUCCCUCUAGUUGACAAAAGCUUCUUCGUCGGUUGCAGGCAAACAAGCCCAGACAACGGUAGCGCUAAACAGUGCGUGGUGAAUGUAAGCGUCAAGGCCAGGACCUCGGCUGUGAAGAACGGUGUCCUCAUUUGCGCGUACGGCAACGAGAGCAACGAGUCCGUUCCAGAAGUAACACUGAAUUCCCAGAACAACUCGCUGACUAUCCUGUGUGGCAGUGAGGGACAGAUGGAGCCGACCAAGGAAUCUUUGACAGCCUACCACUGCGCCGGCUCCGACACAUUGGACUGCAAGGAGGUGAACCUGACCGAGAUCAUGCCGACCUUCACAUCGAGCUGGUGGACAACGGAUUCGAACAACGGUAACGCGCCUAAACUCGUGAUUCCGGAAGACGGCUUUCCUGCUCAGGAAGAAACGAUUGUGUUGGGUUGCAACCCAGACAUCGCCGGAACUUCGAAGGCUCCUGCCGGUGAUCAAACCGCAGCUGCAGCGCUGCCGACCUGCAAGGUGAAGAUGACACUCAGUCCCCAGACCUCCGGUUCACUGACUACGAACGCUUCCUUCCACAGAUUGUUUGUUCUGGUAUCAAUUCCGCUUUUCUUUCUUGGGACAUACUGA